AUGACACAAACGGAACUCGUUCCUGAAGAUUAUGACCAGGAUAAUUAAGAUGCUUCUCAAAGCGUAAUCUCUUCAGGAAGCGUUGAAGAUGGAAAAGAAAAAUUUAAAGCAAUGAUACAUAAAAUUUUAGGAGUAAACGAUAACAAAUAAAUAGAUAAAAUAUGCUGUUUCUCCAUUUUUAAUAAGCAGUGGUCUCGUACAAAGCAACUGUUUUGUGUUUACUCAGUCUUUUUGACAUUAUUUAUGACUAUAAUAUUAGGGUGUUUUGUGUUCUACUUAAAAUUUUGUCCCAAUUUCGUAGGAGAUACAAUCUUAGAGUAGAUUGAUAACUCAAUUUCUGCAAGCUUUUAAAAUUCCUUACUUGAAUACAGUAAAUAAGUACAUUAAUAUUUCAAAGCAUAUAGUUCUUGGAUGAUUAUGUUCUCCCAAAUAGUAGCUAACAAUGUUGGUUGGAAUAAUUCACUAUAUUAAUCCUCAAACGAAUUAAAUUUAUAACCACAACAAAAAUAUUUUCCUAUUUAUUAGCCUAUCCCAUAAAAUAUAGUAAAUAAGUAAUAUUCUUAGAAAAAGCCCUAUUAUGAUAAAGAUAUAUCAUUUUAAACUUUUUCUUAUUUUCACAACCAUCCUGACGAUGCAACUACUAUUUCACCAGCUACUUAAACAUAUUUGGACUCUGUAGACUUGAUUUCUUAUUUUUUUUCUAAUUUUAUAUAAGAUCCUAAUUUAACUUAUGUCUAGUCUUUAUAUAUUUACCUUUAAGAUCGAGAUGUCAUUUGUUUUUUUCCAGCAGGCCUCAUUAAAGUCCCAAAAGAUUUUAAGAUAGAUAUGAAAUAAAGGCCUUGGUAUUUAAAUACUGCUUAAACAUUUUAAGCCAAUGGAAAUAAACCUGUAUUUACAAUUACCAGUCCCUAUCCUGAUUUAACUACUAAAUAAAUAACUAUAACAUACUCCCUUGCAAUCGUCAAACAGUCAGAUCCUACUUAAAUUGCUGGAGUUAUUAAUGUAGAUGUUAUUGUUGGUAAUUUUAGAUCUGUUUAUGACUUGCUGCAGGAAAAAGAUGGUGAAUUUUAAAUUGCCUUAGUAGAUUAUAAUACAGAAUACAUCAUUAAUGAUUGCUUUAAUUAAAGUGGAAUUUCACAUUUUUAUGAUACGAAUAAUACAAACUUUACACUUGAAAAUUGGAAUGAAAUCAAAGAUUUUAAUUAACACCAAUAAAGUUAAACAUUCAUCAUUACUAAUAGUUAGAAUGUAAGAUAUUAUUUUGCUCGUACUUUAAUAAAAGAUACAGUAAAUCAAACAUUAAAUAGAUUUUAUCUUAUCGUCUUUGGUAAAGAAAGCAAUUAUCUCUCCUAUAGAAACAAUAUUUAAGAUAGAAUAUAUAAUGAGCUCUAUAACUUUUGCAUAUCAUUAAUAAUUGCUUUUUCUAUUUUGUGGUUCUUUUCAUAUUUCUAUAUCUAUGCUCUAUCACGCAAUAUUGUUCUACCGCUUUUUAAAUUGAGUUAAUUAGCUAAAAGUAUAAACAAGCACGAUGAGAGAAAAAGCUCUGCUGAAGACUUGAAAGAAUAGUUAGGUAAGAUUUAAGGUGCAGAUACUGAUACAAAAAAGCUUAUCGAUUCUUUCAUUAACCUUGUAGAUUAGCACUCUGGCAUGAGAAAACUAGCAAAUGGUAAUGGUUACUAAGACAAUAUGAUCCCAGUCUACAAUAGAAUGAGCAACAUUUAUGAAAACUAUUCUAGGAAUGACUACAGAGAAGAAUUGGAUGAUAUAUAAGAAUAAAUUAAAUAAUUAAAGAAUUUAGAUUAGGAAGAUGAAGAUGAUUAUGAUGAAAAUGGAUCUAAUUAAGAUAUUGAUGAAGUCUAUGCUGGAAAUCCUAAAAAUAAAUCUUAUUCAUCAAUUUAAUCUAAUAAAUAUUAAAACGAAGAUGAUUAAACAGAAGCUGAUCUUAGAAAUCAUAAAAAAAAGUUAGAGUUAGAAGCGAAAGGAGGCAACCGUACUUCAACAAAUUCUUUAGCUAGUAAUUUAGAAAACUAUAAUAAAAGAAAAUAUCUAAAUUGGAUUUAAACUUAACUCUAAGUAAUACAAGAAAACGAAUAAGCUAAAAUAAAGUUGUCUCAAUAAAUUUUAUAGUAAUUUUUACCUACAAAUACUUAAUCUAUUUGA